GCAUUGAGGUUAACUUGAGUGUCAAAUGAAAGCAUGUGCACCGUUCUGUUUACUGUUUGAUUGAAUUUGAAACGUGAAACACGUUUGAUAAUAAUUGAAAACUAGUUAAAAAUGGGGAAAACGCGUAAAGUAAGUUUCAAGAAUGAAAUUCGAGCACAGGAUAAAACACCACUGGACGAACAGAUUUUGUCCGGUAAAGUGGUGCGUAGCAAGAACAAAGUGAAAAUUCGUCUUCGUGCCGAAGAAGAAGAUUACGUCGAUGCUCGGUCAACGCAAAAAAUUCUGCAAGCAGCCCGUGCUCAACAAGCCGAAGUUGCAUUGGAUUUGGGUGGACCAUCGUUGCACGACUCAAUGCGAAAGAGUAAAAACAAAGCACGACUCGGUUCACGUUUGAAAGAUGACGAUGACAUGUCGGACAAUGAAGACAAGCCAGAUGUCACGGGUCAAGACUUUUUUGAUGAUAUGCAAAUCGACGAAGAAGACGAAAAGGCAUUGAAAUUAUUCCAGAAUGAAUCGGGCACAAAAUCACGUAAAUUGGCCGAUAUCAUUGCUGAAAAAAUCGCCGAAAAACAAACCGAACUCCACACACAGCUAUCCGAUGCGGGCACAUUGAAAAUUGAGGAUUUGGAUCCACGUGUGAAAGAGAUGUAUGAAGGUGUACGUGAUGUGAUGAAACGAUACCGCAGCGGUAAAGUGCCAAAAGCCUUCAAAAUCAUACCAAAACUGCGCAACUGGGAACAAAUUCUGUACAUAACGGAGCCACACAAUUGGAGUGCGGCUGCAAUGUACCAGGGCCCGCGUAUUUUCAGUUCAGUUUUGGCCCAACACAUGGCACAGAGAUUCUAAAAUUUGGUGUUGCUUCCGCGUAUUCGAGACGAUUUGGGCGAAUACAGCCGUUUAAAUGCACAUUUGUAUGCAGCUCUGCGUAAGGCUCUGUUCAAGCCGGCCGCAUUCAUGAAAGGUAUCAUUCUACCAUUGUUGGAAUCUGGUGAUUGCACACUUCGUGAGGCCAUCAUCAUUGGCAGUGUAAUCGCUCGCAAUCAAAUCCCAAUACUGCACUCGUCCGCAUGCUUACUGAAAAUCUGCGAAAUGGACUACUCUGGUGCUAAUUCGAUUUUCAUUCGCAUCUUUUUGGACAAACGGUAUGCACUACCAUAUCGUGUUAUCGAUGCAGCUGUUUUCCAUUUCAUUCGAUUCGAGCACGACAAACGUGAAAUGCCCGUGCUGUGGCACCAAAGUUUGUUGACAUUCGUUCAACGGUAUAAAAACGAUAUCUCAUCGGAUCAAAAAGAAGCACUAUUCGCCUUGCUACGCAAACAGACCCACUUCAAAGUCACACCAGAAAUUAGACGCGAAUUGCAAGCGGCUCGAUGUCGCGACGAAGAAGCGAUCGAACCAAUCGAUAAAGAUUCACCUGGUGCAAUGGCUGUCGAUAUUCCUGAUGUCAAUCUAGAUGAUGACUACAAAAUGUUUGAUUGAUAGGCUGGACACUGUUUUUGAUUUAGAUUUAACAUGCAUACUGAGUUAUCGGUAUAUUUUUCACAUUUCUUCUUGUUAUAUAACAUUUAAAUAAAUAUUGGUAAAUAAACUAUCGUCCGUUUGAGCACACGGCAAAUUAGUCUACAACGAAAA